AGCGUUUUCGGUUCUCGAUACUGGCUGUGUACUUGUAGUACUUUUAAUUUGACAACAACAUGUAUUCACACCUCGUUUCAUUCUUCGUUAUCUGCCUGGUUCUGGGAAUGGGGUUCACUGAUGGUAACCAUGGUAACGAUAAUCAACGCAUUGAGAGAGUGUUAGUUGGAGUGUUUGACGUCAGUCGACACGACUGUACUACUUCUAGAACAUUCGGGACCUUGUUUCAGUCUCACUUUAGAAGUUAUGUAGACGAGCUCAACAUCAACUACUCAAAAUCAGGAUCACCGGUACGGAUAAGAGCAGAAGUAGUAGACUCUUGUAGCAGCACAGUGACUGGGUCCAGGGGGGUUAUGAAGAAGAUAUUCAGUCCUGUCAGCAACUGUUCUACUCUACCUUACGGUUUUAUAGGACCAGGAGCCAACAACCAGAUGAGAUCAGUACUAGACAUGACAUCAGCGUUCAACAUUACUCACACUAGCUACGGUAUCAUGGAGUCUGAUAUCCUACAUCCUACUGACUCCUGGAGAUAUCCCUUCUUUAAAAAUGUAAGAACGUCAGCUGAAGUGAUGAUAAAAUACAUUUGUAGAUUAGUAAAAGAACUUUCCUGGCACUACGUAUCAAUAUCUGUCACAUUUCAUGGUACCCACAAUCUCAACCUUUGUGAGAAAAACGGAGUUGAUAUGAGCCUGUCUGUAUUUCUGAAAGGAGACAUUGCCAAAGGAGUGAAGGAGCUGACGACUCCUUACAAGGAGCUACACGAUACCAAUCCUCCUUUAGUGACCAUCAUGCUGGGAGAUAUGCAGCUCAGUGACAUAGAGCGAUUUGCUCAGAUUUUAUCCCAGAAAACUGUUGUAAACCACCAUAUCUGGUUGAUAUCAGAGCAGUUCCUGUUGGCUUACAUCGAUUUAUACGGUACAUUUCCUCAAUAUAUGAACCAGAAGUUCAUAUGCUACCACUCUCCGUCAAAACUACACUCAGGACAUCACAAAACAGGCUGUACCGGCUGUACCCUCGCUCAAAACGUAUCCCUUGCUCUCGACCUCAAGUUGUUCAUCUCCCUAGGAGUGGACGAGAUAGUGAAUGUAGGUGGAAGUAGUGGCUCUCCUCAGGGACAGAGUGAUAACGUGGAGCUGUUGUAUUUGGAUUCAGUGGACAGGACACUUGUUAAGCUGGUUUGGACUAAACAGAGUUUAGGCUCACUUUCAGAGACAGAAGUAGAAGUAAACGAAACAGCACUACAAUUAACAGGAAUACGGGGUCUUGGUCCCUCUAUCUGUAGUCCCGGCUGUAAACCAGGAGAGACAUUUUUCAGAAGAGCAGGCGAACCUAAAUCCUGCUUUCACUGCAACAACUGCUUCUUACUCAGGCAGGUGUCUAAUGGAAGUAGUGGCCACUGUACAGAGUGUGUCACUACACAGAAACCUAACGAGGAUAAUAGUAGGUGUGUAGAUAUCGAGCUGGAACCCCAUUUAUACAGGACGAUAACGGGACUGGUUCUAAUCGUGUUUAGUCUAGGAGGAAUACUGAGUGUGGUGCUAACAUUAGCAGUCUUCCUCAAGAACAAAGCAACCCCUAUAAUCCGCGCUGCUAACAGGGAACUCUGCUAUGUAAUAUUCGUGGGACUCAUGCUGAGCUUCAUAUCAGUUAUCCUGAUGGUCCUUCCUCCAGGCGACAUCACCUGCAAAUUACAAAUCAGCAUGCUGAGUUUCGGGUCGUCCCUAACAAUAACAACAAUACUGGGACGAGCAGUGCGGAUCAUCAGGAUAUUCACAGCCACUAAUGUGACGAUUGAGAGUUUUCUGGUGUCCUUGAAGCAUCAGGCGGUGUUCAUAUCGGGGAUUGUGUUGACUCAGACGGGACUUGCUAUCCUCGCAACUUCUGGGAUGGGCCUGGAUACUCGAGUUGAUUUUGACGAGAGAACCCGACUGCAGCAGCUGGAACAACCCAAAGUACACGCGGUGUGUCAGAGCCCUGAUAGGACUUUCGUGUUUGUGUUUCUAGCUGGGUUCCUUGGUCUGUGUGUGAUUACAAGCGUGAUUUCCUUUCAGGCACGGAAACUACCAACGAACUACAACGAAGUAACUUACACCUACUUUACAGUCUUCACCAUGGAUACCAUCCUUGUAGCGUAUCUCUCCAUAUUGUACACAGCUGACCAUGCUCACAAUACUAUGGUUACAACCGCUAUUGUCACUCUUAUAACAGGUUACCUGAUUCUGUUCAUGCUCUUCUUCAACAAAGUCUACAUAAUCUACUUCUCCCCGGACCAGAACAAAAUCCACAACAUCCCGGAGUCUCCGACUCUCAAGUUUAAGAGGCACAGAAGGGAAAGCACCCGACUUGUACCUGCUCUGGUUUCUACUCUCAGUGUUAGGACACUUGAUAUCAACCCUCCUCUUAGUCUCCGGCAGUAAACAUGCUUAUGAGAUUCAUUAUGUCCCUUUUAUUAACAGUGUUAAGCUGAAUGAUUGAUGCAAUUGAUGUUUACAGUUUACAAGAUUAUUUUAUA